AUGCCUGCGUAUCUGUUCGAAAAUAGUUUGAUGCUUCGUGGUGAUGUAAAGGAAUAUUUGGAGAUUGGAGCAGUUAGAUACUUCUUGAAGCAAUCUGAAGACUUAGUCCUAUUUUACACAUACAAUUUAAAGUAUGUCAUCGAGGAGUUAGAUGGUCAAGGAGGCUUUCAACACUUGAAAGUUUUAUCAAUCAUGUGUGACGACAACAUAGAGUAUCUUAUGAAUGGAAUGAAUUGGACUCCUCGUGGUCAACCUGCCUUCCCCAUCUUAAAGUCAGCUACCUUCAAGAAUGUUCACAAAUUAAAAUUUGUGUGUUGUGGCAAACUGCUAGACAAGCGCUCCUUUAUGAACCUAAGAUCCAUAGCAAUUAACAAUUGUGAUGAGUUAAAAUAUGUAUUUUCACUAUCCGUAGCACAAAACUUGGAUAAGUUUCCCAAGAUUAACGUUUUUGAGCUUCAUUUUCUACCAAAGCUCCGUGGUUUCUACACGGGAAACCAACGGGACUCCACCUAUGAGAUUCUAAAGCCCAACGAAGAAAGUGUGAACAAGGUGAAAGAGACUAGAAAUGACAAUCAAGUUGCUGGGUCAACCUCAUCUAGAUCAAAAGUGGCACAAGUGGGAGCAAGUUGUACUGCACUAUUUCCUUCAAAUUGCAUUUCAUGGUUAACAAAUCUAGAGGAACUUGUGGUAUUUGACAGCAGCAGUAUUGAAAAACAUGAAUCAAAGGACUCUUUGACAAGCGAGAACGGGUCAGAAGAACUAGUAGUCAAUGUGGUAUUUGAUUUAGAAGGGCAUGAUUCAGCAUUUUCUCAAUUACAAACAUUCAUUUAUGUGGAGUUGAACAUUUGUGGAAGAACGUUCAACCUGGAUUCCAAGGUUUUCAAAAUGCUCCUUGUGAAUCUCCAACAUGUCCAUAUAUAUGCAUGUGAGAAUAUGGAAACUAUAGUACAGGCAGCUGCUUCCACAGAGGACAAUAUCCAUGAAGAAGGGAAAGAGAUAGGUGGCAGUGGCGCGAUGACUUUGUUUCCCAAACUACUGAUCAAUAGCUUCCACCUUAGCGAUUUGCCAAGCCUCGAGAGAUUUUGCCCUGAUGCCUAUUCCUUUGCAUGGUCCCUCCUCACGAGAAAUAUGAGGUGUAGAGAAGAAUCAGGUGGUGCAUCAUCAUCAACUGGAUCUGGAUGUUCGCCACUAGUAUGCUUUCAAAGUCGUCCAUCUACUCGCAACUUUACUCAAAUAUUGCCUCAGGUUGUAAAUAGAGAGGUUACGCCGACAAAUCUUCAGACUUCAAGUGCUAGCGACAAUCUAGAACAUCUCGAAGUACAUUCGGUGCGAUUUAUUGGAAGUGAUAUUUUUGGUUCAGGAAACCCCUUCUACUCAAGCAUUUGA